AUGAGCAGACUGCAGAUUCCCUCUUUUGGCAGGAGGAAAAAUACUCCCCCAGCCACUCCUGCUGCUGGGGCGACCUCUUCUCCAGCGUCGGCUUCUUCUUCAGCCACCAUAUCUGACACUGUCCCGAGCGCAGUGGCUACUAACCCUGUUGCCAGCGCCCCUGCUGCCAACCAGAACGCGCCCUCCCCAGCUACCAUAGCUCCUGCUGCUGCGGGGGGUGGUCGGGACAAAGAGCGAGGCAAAAGGCCUCAUCCUGACAGUGAAAUCGAUCCGGAGGAGGAGCCUCUCAUUAGAAGGACCCGGGUCUCUGGGCCGGGUACUCUCCUGCACCGAGCGAUCAGAGCUCCUUCUCCCUCUGGGCCUCCCGCAGCUGGUGGCUCUGCUUCUGCUUCGGGCCCCCCUUCUAUCCCCAGCUUACCGCCAUGGGCCCCUCGGUACACCCGAACGGAUGGGACAUUCGUGAAACCGAACGAGACCAUGCUGAAGGAUGGCCAGACCGCUAUGGCCUACUACAGGAGCAUGUGGACUCCGAAGGACCUUGAGGCGGCAAAGGGUCUUUCCCAGAAGGACGUGUUCAGUCGCUUUCCCCAAUCUGCUAUGGAGACAUUGUUCGGGAUGAUGGCCAUGCAGAAGCAGGUGGAGAUGGGGAACGCCAGGGCCCGAAAGUAUUCUGACAGCCUGGAGGUGGCUAAUAAAGAAAACGACCUCCUUGCCAUGAAGAAUACCGAGGUGCUGGUUCGGCUUGACAAAGCCGAGCAAGAGAGAGAUGUCCUGAAGAAGGAGAAUGAUUCCCUUCAGGAUGAGAAGGACGCCCUCCAGCUUGAGAAGAGCGUCUGGCAGACUGAGCGGGAAUCAAUCAGAGAAGAGAAGGCAGAACUCCAGCGCCUUCUAGCUGAUGAACAGUCUGCUCGGAUGGCUUUUGAAAAAAGAGCUCUCGACGAGCCUACCGCUCUGAUCGACGCGAUCAUUUACUUGACCUCCUGGGAUGUGAAAGUUUCUUUGGAUACAGAAUGCGUAAUGGAUUAUCCAGGAAUAAACAUUGAAUGCAGGACAAACUUGCAGUAUAUCAAUUGGUUUCUGCAUAUUCAGAUAGAACUCGCCGCUAUCUCCCUUUUUCGCAUCAAAGUGAGAGCCUUAUGUGGGAUCCUCGGCAAUAACAUGUCUGCUAGAUCCAUAUUACGUUUGUUGGAUCUCUGUUUAAAGGACAGUUACACCUCUUACGAUCAGGGUUUGGAGACAGAAGUAACAUUCAUCCAAUCUUUAGAAAAUGAAGAAGCUGAAGAUUCAAUCUGCUUCUGGGAGAGGAGGGAAAACAAUCUACUUCUGGGAGUAAAAGAUAUACCACAUAAUCACAAUGAUGUGUCAAACAUGUCUGUAUGA